UUUCUUGCGCGCUGGGGAAUAUCUUCAUCCCCACCCCAUACGCAACUAUCGCCCUCAAUCAGAGAACAUAAAAAGAAACACACAACUCAUCCUUUUCUCUAACCCUAGCAGAUCCCUAUUUUCUUUCCCUAAUUUUUUCCACACACCGAAAACCCCUUCUCUGUCUCUAAAACUCUUAUCUUGAUUGCCAAAAUAAGGUCAAUCUCUCUGAGCGUGAAAUUUGGCGUGUGCUCAUCCGAAAUCUACUGGAUUGAAGAUUUACCUAUGUUCACCUUCGAUUUGACCGCCUAUCAAACUGAGACAGCGUUGGACAACCGUCUCGCACGUCCGACUAUAAGAUGGGGUAUUCCGGCGGGGUGACCAUGAGCUUCAAGUUUCAAGGUGAUGGAGUAAGUCAGGACGAAAAACACAGGUGGAUGGUAACGAGAGUGGUGCUUCCUCGAGUUAUCGUAUACUCACGAUAUCACUAUUGGGUGAGCCCUCUCGGUCUUUAUGCUUUCACCGAGGACUUUACUGGUUUCGAGCUCGAAAAAGGUGGUUGUCAUGGCACAUCCGAUAUGACGGGCUCGGUUGACACGAGAUCAUUAGUUUCUAGAAUAAGACUUGCUCUGUUUGAGGACAACAAGUGGUAUCGAGCUUAUUACAACAUGAUUGACCAAAUUGACUGGGGUCGCAAUCAGAGGGCUGAAUUCAUCCCAUCUCCCUGCGACCAAUGGAAGGGUGCUUACUGUUGCAACUUGACCCAAUUUUCUGGGUGUACGUAUAAUAGGGAGGCUGAGAGAUGCUGCCCUAUCGCGAGCUACAAUGGAUAUCUUUCUAUGUGGGCCCAAUAUCUUUUGCAGCUUAACAAAGCUAAGUAUGUCCUUGUGCAUGGCCUCAUCAGUAGUAUGGAGCGGGUUUGUAAGAGGAUCUACUAUGCAAGGAAAUGGUUGUUAUCAUCACAGGUGCUAAACAACUCGCCCGAGGUUGUCGUGGCUGGAAAAUCUGUCGUAAAGCUUGCGGGGCCAUUCAAUUUCCUAAUUUUAAUGAAAAGAGAAAAGAAGCUUAUGGAGAAGAAAAAGAAAAGGAAAGAGAAGAUAGAGAAAAAGAAGAAAGACAAGGCAAAUAAUAAUCUAGGCGAUUUAAAUAUCCAGAAGCAUGAUAUCCGCGAAAAGCUUCUGAUACAAAAUAUAGCAUGCACUCACUCCGCCUACAAUGAGCCGAUGCUGCUAAGGCCAGUGGUGCAAGUGUAGCUCCAGCUGUAGCUGUGACAUGCCAUCGACGUGUGGACGGUGGCGAUCGAUAGACGCAAAGGUUCGCUGGCUUGAAUUGUGUCAGUAUCUUGUUGAGUGCGUCUCAAAAGAUGGGGUCCAAAGCAUUUGAUGUGCGGGGGCAAGUUAUUCUGAGCGAAGUAGUCUUCCGAUAGAUAUUUUUGGGAACCCACAAUUGUCGCGUGGUGUCCGUCUUACGGGAACUUCUGUAGGCCAAAGUUUUGUAGUACCUAUGUAGUGUAGUCCUAAGUCUGGUGGUGUUGCUAUGCCCUCUUUGGAAUUUGGAGAACUCUUAUUGCUGUGGUCUGUUUGUGUUUGAAUUUUGUGGCAGACAAUGUUCUCUAUAAUUAAUUACUGCUACUGCUUUUCUAUUGCUUGAGUUUUGACUUGAUCUAUGUGACCUUGGUGGUUUGGCUAGCCGGAUUUAUAUCACAGGUUCUUGAAUACAUCUAAUCAGCCGGCUCCAGGUUUAUAUCACAC